CAACAUGGCGCUUACGUUGCUCGCCUGAGAGUGCAGUGGGAAGCGCUUUAAGUUCAGCUCGAUUUCAGUAGUAGAGUUCAUUAAAGCGGAUCAGACUUUUAGAAAUGAAGGGGAAAGAGCGAUCGCCGAUGAAGAAGCGCUCCCGGGCGCUGGAUGAUAGCAGAGACCGAGGAGAAAGCCACCCGAGCAGCAAGAAGAGCGGAGCCCUGUCGGCGGUUAGCGGCAACACGGGUAACGGCUCUGCUUACAGCGGCUCUUCAUCCAGGAGGAGCUUACACAGCGACAAAAGAGACCUGAGGGAUUCGGACGGACACAGCACAUCCAGUCGGACUAGCAGCGGCUACGACUACGGAGUUGUUUCCGGGAACAAGCCGCACGGUGGCGCUGACCUCGCCUCGGAAUCCUCCAGGCCGGGUUCACGCAGCGACCCGAGGCCUCCGUCAUACCCAGGAAGUGAGUACAAGACUUUGAAAAUCAGCGAGCUGGGCUCCCAGCUCAACGACGAGGAAAUAGAGGACGGCCUGUUCCACGAGUUCAGGAAGUUUGGGGACGUGAGCGUUAAAAUGACCCGAGAAAACGACGAGAGGGUCGCGUUUGUGAACUUCAGGCGACCCGAUGACGCCCGGGCUGCCAAACACGCCCGCGGGAAGCUGGUGCUGUACGAUCGGCCGCUGAAAAUAGAGACAGUCUACAUGAGCAGACGGAGGAGCCGCUCCCCCGUUGCUAAAGACGGCUUCCCCGCGGGACACAGACCCCUACACGCUCAGAAAGCUGUGUCUCCCACAGGCAUGGGAUUCAGAGACUACCGGCUACAGCAGCUGGCUCUGGGUCGUCUGCCCCCUCCCCCUCUGCCGCCUCCUCACCUCAGAGACGUGGACAGAGACAGAGAUUUUCCCGUGUAUGAAGGCAGAAACAGACCGCCUUACAUUCCCGAGUGUUUCCGCGAUGAGGACACGUUGAGCCCCGAGGACGACCAGAGGGCAAACAGGACUUUGUUUUUGGGCAAUUUGGAUGUGACUGUGACGGAGAGUGACCUGAGAAGGGCGUUUGACAGGUUUGGAGUGAUUACAGAGGUGGACAUUAAGCGCACAGUGAGAGGCCAGAGCAACACCUAUGGAUUCAUCAAGUUUGAGAACCUUGACAUGGCUCAUCGGGCCAAAGUGGCCAUGGCUGGGAAAAUCCUGGGCCACAGCCCGAUUAAAAUAGGAUAUGGGAAACCUACGCCCUCGACCAGGCUGUGGGUGGGGGGGCUCGGGCCUUGGGUUCCACUUGCUGCACUUGCCAAAGAGUUUGACCGCUUCGGGACCAUCAGGACUAUAGACUACAGGAAAGGUGAUGCGUGGGCUUAUAUCCAGUAUGAGAGCCUGGAUGCUGCUCAGGCUGGGUAUACUCACAUGCGUGGCUUCCCUCUCGGUGGCGCCGACAGGAGACUUAGAGUGGACUUUGCAGAAGCAGAGACUCGCUACCAGCAGCAGCAGUAUACGCAGCUUCCUCUCCCCCUGCCACACUAUGAAUUAGCCACCGAGCCAUAUUCACACCGCCUUUCUGAUCCAGUGAGAGCGAGAGAGCGGUCCCCUCCACUUCCUGCUCGCUUCAGAGACCGGGAUCUCUACCCUGCUGAAUGGUCUGGCCUCGGUGCACACGAGAGGAUGCGAGGUUUUGACCCGGCAGACCGUCUGGACAGGCGCUCCCAUGAGAGCUGGUCACUAGAACGGGAGCGGGAGUUGCAAAGCAGAGAUUUGUCCCGCACAAAGAGACCUUUAGAUGACGGUUGGCGGCGGGAGCACUCUCCUGACGGCAGUAACUUUGGUCUGCGGCGUCAUGGCAGCUCUUUGGACCGCAGCCCGGGAGGGAGCAGCCGAGAUGGGGGGCGCUACAGUGACCCCGAACGCUUGCCUCGCUCUGGCAGACCCUCCCCAGUCAAAGACAGGAAGAACAGCCUGGACGCUGGGUUUGUGGACAAAAAAAGGAGAACACGCAGCCCAUCAGAGCCACGCUCUGGCUCCGAGAAGGGGCGCAAACACAAAGUCAGUGACUCCUCCAAGAGCCCAGCGAAGAAAGAGGACCGCUCAGAACAUCUUUCCUCCUCUACAAACUCCUCCAAACCUGGUCAGCAGCCUGACCCAGAUGCUGAAAAACAGAAGCUGAGUCAGGUCUGGCAGGGCGUCCUCCUGCUGAAGAAUAGCAGCUUCCCCACCUCACUGCACCUGCUGGAAGGAGACAUGAAGGUGGCUGCCAGUCUGCUGGUGGACGGCUCUAAAGGGGGCCAAGUUUCCCAACUGAAGAUCAGCCAGCGCCUGCGCCUGGACCAGCCGAAGUUGGACGAGGUCUCCCGUCGCAUCAAGGCCGCCGGCUCCAGCGGACACGCCAUCCUCCUCGCUUUGCCUUGGAAAUCCGACGACAGCGGUGCCCAGGACGCCGCCAACUCUACCGAGAGACCCCUGAAGAACCUGGUGUCCUACCUGAAGCAGAAAGAGGCGGCAGGUAUCAUCAGCCUCCCUGCUGGGGGCGGCCGUGACAAGGACCACGGAGGAGUACUACACGCUUUUCCCCCAUGUGAGUUUUCCCAGCAGUUCUUGGAUGCCUCUGCCAAAGCCUUUGCCAAAUCAGAGGAUGACUACUUGGUAAUGGUUAUUAUCAGAGGAGCAUCAUGAAAAAAAACAACAACAACAUGUGUCAUGUCACACUCAAAAAACUGUUAAACUGUGAGAUGUAAACAUAGGGAGAAGAAGUGGUAUUAAAGCAGUGCAGGAGACAAACAGCAGGAUGCAGAUUUUAAGCUCUCUAACCUGCUUCUAUUUCAUCCUGGUGAAAGUUUAUAAAAUUAAAGUCAAACUGAAUUAAGUACAUUUUUAUAAGUUGAUGAAUUUGAUUGUUAAAUCAGGUGAAAUGUUGCCUUUACUAUUUAGAUAUUUAGAUUAAAUGCACAUUACCUGAAGGUACUAUCCUAAGGUGAGUCCAGAGUGAACUACAGGUCUGUGAAUCAGUACUGUGUGUGUUGCCUUAUCGUUUAAAAAGAACAGGUCCUUUAUGUGCUUUUCACACAACUCCUGCCUACAACAAUGAGCUGAAGAUCCAGAAGAGAGCAUUUAGCCUCAUUUUUGGUAAUUGAAAUCAAACUCAUGUACACUGUGUUUUUUUUUUUGUUUUUUUUUCUUUUCUUCUCUUGAUUAAGGAAGUCCAUUUGCUUUAAAUCAUUAUCCGUUGGCCAGUAAUUGACCUACACCAGAUGUUCGUAUGUAUGUGGUUUUCUUUUUUUUGUGACCAAGUAAAAAUUUUUUUGAAGACUUCCAAAUUCCAACUUUCAGUAAAUGAUCUUUAAGAUGUCAAAUUAUAGCAGAAAGAGCAGUUAAACAUACCAAAUCACUCCAUCACUCCUUCUGGAUAUUCAUGUGUAAAGUUCAGGUACACGAGAGCAUCAGGAGUUUCAAGUAUAAUUACAUUACCAGUGCUUUUGUGUGUGUAUGUGUAGUUGCGCGUGUGUGUGUGCCAUGUUUCAUGAGUCAUGUUACUUUAUGACUAAGUGGAGGUUUGUCAUCGGUGCUUUCACAAUUUUCACCAAGCACUUGUACCAGCAGCAGCUGUUUGUGAGGGGAUGGACACAAGCAGCAAGCUCUGCGAGCUUUCAUUUCUCAAAGGCGUAUCAGGAUCCAACUACUGAUUGAUCUUUAAAUUAUUAUUAUCAUUCAUCUGAAAUUGUGAAAAAUGCUCCCCGAUUGACCAAAAGUCCAAAACCCGAGGACUAGAUUUUUUUCGUGUGUGUGUGUGUUUGAAAUUUUUUGCUUAUCGUUAUCUUUUAAUAUUUUAGUAACGAGCUAAAUCUACUCCGCCGCAAUCUCAAUGCAAAUUUUACACGGCUAGUCUGUGUUGUCGGGCUCUUAUUUUGCAGUAUGGGGUUGCUUUUUGUGUCCUUCCCUUCUCCGUUGUGUGGUUUGUUUGGUUUUUUUUUUGUUCUUUUUUAAAUUAUCCAAAGUUUGGUUGAGCAUUUAUUGUUUGAUCAGAUACCUCACUCAGUUUGUCAUGUUUUAACUCACUGAUUACAAUUACUACCCUAAGAAAGCAUAUUGUUUUUUGUUUUUUUUAAAAGAAAAAAAGAAUGAUGUAACCUCCAACUGAAGAGCUGUGUGCCAUGCACAGGUCUUUUUUUUUUUUUUGCCUGAUUGUGAGUUUCCAAAAAAGAAAAUGUUGCAGUACGAUCAGAGGACUUUGGUGUACGUUUCACACACGAGGAACGGAGGCCAUGUUCAACUGGCCAUACUUGCCGCCUUCAAAAAGGGACUCAUAAUGAUUGUUUUUCAUGCUUUGAUUUGAGUACUGUGUUUCAAAUGGAUAAAGAAUGAUUUGUGCUGUAUACUCAGGAUAUCUGAAGAGAGAGAGAAAUGGAGAUCAUCAAUGCUCAUGGGCCUAAGAAGUAUACCUAAGAAGUAUACCUGUCAGCAAAAACACGCAAAGUGCAACAUGCACUUCAUACAUCUUGUCUUAAUAAAUUUACUCUUUCGUGGGAAACACGAGUGCCUCGGAAGACAACUUUUGUGACCUUUUUCUGUUCUUGGAAUUUUCUGUGAAAGUCUUUAAAAAAAAAAAAAGAAAAGGGGAAAAAAAGGCUUUCACUUUGACAGCAGGAGGCUUCCCGGCAGACGUGAGAGGAAGUGUGAGAAUCGAGGGAAAGCCUCUCAGUUCUGUGUUUUCGUGAUGCUCGACAUGUGUUCGGUGGCCUCUCUCGUGAAGAGCUUUUCCAUAUGACCUUCAUUCAGAUUGAAAUUUGGCGGUGCUAGAAUACUUUGUGCAGCCUGUUUGGGAAAGGCAAAUGUAGAGUCCCUGUGCCUCCUCAGACCUGUGGCUUAUUCCUCGGUCGCCUUUGUGCGUGCGGAGGUGUGACACAGAACCUGCUCAUCUGAGAGCUGUUUCUCAACUCGUCUCUCAGCAGGAGCUUUUUCUUCCUCCUCUCAUCUGGUUCCAGCAGCGCACUGGUGCACAGUGUGUUCAGCGUCUGCAGCAGGAGCAGUGUUUGUGUAGUUGCUUAUUGUUCUUGCAUUGGAGUUUUAAAGAAGAAGAUCUCUGUGCUAGGGCCAGACCUGCUGCCUCAGCCUGUCGGAGAGGAGGUCGAGGCGGGGAAACAGCGUCUGCCAAAUAUCGGAAAGGAAGCGCAGUGGAGACGAGAGAUCGCCCCGGUUGAGGCCUGAGCAGGGAAUCCUAAUCUUUUAGUUGGUUUGUUGAUCUGAUGAUUUAUGCACUUUUAAAAAGAUUGUGUGGCAAACUGCAUAUGAAAGCACAGAGACCAGAGGAUGACUCCCAUCGUAGUUUCCUGGUUGUUCUUCAAACAAAGGGGACGGCUACCCUUCAGCUCCAGGUAUCCGCACGGUGCUCCGGCUCAAGGUGUCCCCUGGACGGGGUGGCGUGAAGCGUAACAGCUUUACGCCUCCUGGCUGCUCCCACCCCUCAGGUAACGUAUACUGAUGGCCACAACGACACGAGCGGGUACGUAUUGUAAUGUCAGAGAGCACCACAGGCACACUGUUGCUUAAGUAAAAACUGGUAAGUGGAGGGGUGAGGAAAAAAAUAGCAAAAAAAAUUAGUUAACAUGCAGUAAAAUUAAAAUAAUUCUGAUUUUCUUAAAAGCAUAAAAGCCAGAGAUUUGUGUUGAGCUAACAUUGUCACAGUUUCUGUCAGUGACAGUCGGUGAAAGUUUCUUUCCUGUUGUCUCACCAAAUUGUGGUUUUACAUCCCAUAAACUGCUGUAACCUAGCAAAAGAUUUAAUUUCAUUUUAAAAGGUACUUAAAAUUAAGUUCUGCCCCUUUGAGAGCAUUAACAUGUGAGUAAAGUUUAAUCUCAGUGAGACGGUGCUGUAGUUUCCUUUAAUUGGUAUUACAGUAAAAAAUGAAAUUUGAUUUUUCAAAGUAAGUCAAAUAUAUGUGCAGGAGUAAAACUCAUAGAUGUAAAAUAAAUAAAUAAAAUAAUAGAGUGGGAACAGCCAAGAAAAUGGAAAUGGUUCAGGUGCACUAAAGAACGAUGUUUCAGGCCUGAGAGUCUCUGAGUGACUGACCUGAUCGCUGCAAACACAGGACAAUGUAAUGCAGGCAAGAUUAUUAUAGUUCACUAAAAACUAAAAUAGGUAUAAAAAAUUGACUUUUGAAAAAGAAACAAUUUUGUGAACUUUGAAAACUAAAAUUAAAAAAAAGUUUUCGAAUUUGGUAAAAAUUGUUAGCACAACCUGCCUGAUGAGGCUUUGGAAGCCUACAAGACUGUGAGUCGACUGCUUUCAAAAGUUCAGUGUUUAUAUUGUAGCAUCGACACUGAUUAUCCAAAAUCUUGUCUCUGGUGAAUGCUCUAAAAUGAACAAACGUA